AUUUCUGUGUCCAGCCUGUCCGGUGGGGCGUUGCAGAUAUUCAGGAAAUUGUUUUUCCUCCUUUUGUUUCGUCGGUAUGUUUUGAUAACGUUGGAAAAAAAAUAACUAUGUGAUGGCCUCACGUGCGUUUUGGGUAAGAACAUGCCCGUCACGUGACGAUAACGGGUUGUUAAAUGGUGGUGGAAUGGGUUAAUUUAUUGCUGCAUUUCAAAUGCUCAAGUUAUGAAAAAGCCAUCGCCCCGUCCCAACCAAGUGUGGCAGGAUGAGCAGCAUUAACCUCCCAGUGGACCCAUCCUCUGACGGGACAAACGCCCACACUUCAUACCCGUUACCGCCACAAGACAGACACCUCGCCAUGCCCCAUCACAGCCACAGCCUCCUGAAGUUUUUGAACGAGGACCGGACCCGGCAGAAGUUCUGCGAUGUCUCCGUGGUGGUGGGUGGGAAGGUUUACAGCGCCCACAAGGUGGUGUUGGCUCAUGGCAGCAGCUACUUCCACGCAGAACUGUCAAAGAGCUCUGCUGCGACGGCUCAGGUGACUUUGGACCACGUGGAGGAUUCAGUUUUCCAGCUUCUGCUGGGGUUCCUGUACACUGCGGAGUGUGUUGUGGCUGAAGCAGAUCUGCCUGCCCUCACUGAGGCAGCCCGGUUUCUGAACAUGAUGGAUGUACUGAGGCUGGUCUGUGAAGAAAGAGGGACCAACUCUGUCGGAGUGAUUCAUACUCAAGCUGAGAUGAUGGAGAUCUCUGGGAAGGCAGUUAUUUCCAGUGACUCCACAGGAACUGACACCAACGUUCAGUGCCCACCUGAAGAAAAAAAUGCUUUUUUCAACCAACAGUUUCACACUGACACCUCCUUGGAGAGCAGUUUGGCUCCUUGUGCAAUUGUGGCCCCAGCUGAGGAUGCACAAAAAGCAGAAGAGAAAGGGGUGACCACUCGAAGAUCAGCUCGAAGGAGAAGAGCACCCACCAAAUAUAAAAGAGACAACAUAAAGUCCUCCAUCACAACGUCUGAAGAAAAAGAAAAAAGUGCAACACCAAGGCGGGAAGAUGAAGAACGAGUAGAAGAAGACCUGGUGUUGGAGAGCUCGACGCUGCUGCUGGUUGGGAAUGAGAGCUCCGAACAAACCCGGGGGAGCGACGAAAUCCACGAGGAUGGAGAAGAUGACAUGCAGAGGGAGAUGAACUCUGGAAAUGUUGCUCAGAAGAGCAUUGAUGAGGUAAAUGACGCAAACAGAAGCCUCCAGGCUGUGGAGGAGCCAGGAGGGCUCGUGUCUGCAGCGGGAAGCUCUAACCGCACAUCGGCAUAUCCUGAGGGGCUUGAUCCAGUCAUCAUCCAGACCUCCAACAAGAAGACGCUCAAGUGCCCCAAAUGUGACAAGACGUUUGACCGCGCAGGUAAAUAUGAGAGUCACACCAGAGUGCACACAGGGGAGAAGCCAUUCCAGUGUGACAUCUGCCUCCAGUGCUACUCCACCAAAUCCAACCUGAACGUCCAUAAGAAGAAGCACACCAGUGAUGCUUCCUUCCCAAAGAAGGAGCACAAGUGUCCCUUCUGCAACAAACUCCACGCCAGCAAGAAAACGCUGGCAAAGCACGUCCGGAGGUUUCAUCCGGACUGCACUCAAGAGUUUUUGAACAAGAGGAAGAGGAAAAGUGCAAGCUGGGAAUGUUCUGUCUGCUCAAAGACCUUCAGCCGGAAGCCUCAUCUGCAGGAGCACAUGAUCCUGCACACCCAGGACCGGCCCUUUAAAUGCUCCUUCUGUGAUGAAUACUUCAAGUCCAGGUUUGCAAGGCUGAAGCACCAGGAAAAGUUUCACUUAGGUCCGUUUCCAUGUGAGAUCUGUGGGCGCCAGUUUAACGAUUCAGGAAACAAAAAGAGGCACAUCGAGUGCACACAUGGAGGGACACGAAAAUGGACCUGCUUUAUUUGUGGGAAAUCAGUAAGAGAAAGGACGACCUUACGGGAACACCUGAGGAUCCACACAGGAGAAAAACCUCACUUCUGUAGUAUUUGUGGUCAAAGUUUUCGUCACAGCAGCUCGUACAGGCUGCAUCUGAGAGUGCACCGUGACGACAAGCGCUACGAGUGCAACGAGUGUGGAAAGACGUUCAUACGUCACGACCAUUUAACAAAACAUCAAAAAAUUCACUCUGGGGAGAAAACACACCAAUGUGAAGAAUGCGGGAAAUGUUUCCGGCGUCACGAUCAUCUGACGGUUCACUACAAAAGUGUUCAUUUGGGAGAAAAGGUUUGGCAAAAGUAUAAAACUGCAGUGCACCAGUGCGAGGUCUGUAAGAAAGAAUUUAAAGGAAAGUCCAGUCUAGAGAUGCACUUCAGAACCCAUUCUGGUGAGAAACCCCACAGAUGUCCAGAAUGUCAUCAGACAUUUCGCAUCAAGAAGACGCUGACGAAGCACAUGGUGAUUCACUCAGACGCCCGGCCCUUUAACUGCCCCCACUGUAGCGCCACCUUCAAGAGAAAAGACAAACUCAAGUACCACGUCGACCACGUACACAUCGCCCGCUUUACGGAGCAGCCGGUCGGCAUGGACAAACCCGCCUCCGCUCCUUUCCAGGAACCCUCUAAGGGUUACGAAAGUGAACCAAAGGCGUCUCUUCAGAGCACCCCUUCAAAUGUCUGCAUACCCGUCACUUUAGUCCCCGUGUCCGUGGCAGGGGCGGCGCAGGGAGACGCGCACGCUCACAGGGCCUCAGCUCUCUCCUCCUCGUCGUACAGUGUGGUCAGCAUCCCGGCUCAGGCACAGCAGCAAAACUCUGGCUACCAAGCCACCACAGACCUGGCCUUUUUGGAGAAGUACACCCUCACCCCUCAGCCCGCCAACAUUGUUCACCCGGUUAGGCCCGAGCAGAUUUUGGACCCUCGAGAGCAGUCGUACUUGGGCACACUGCUGGGACUGGAUUCAGCUUCCUUGGUACAAAACAUUUCUAGCUCGGAUCAUGCCCACUGACACGCCCCCCCCAUCCCUACCCCGAACCUAAAACCUAAAAAACUGUGAAGCUGAACACAGAAAGCUUUUCAGUCCUACGCAAAAACGGCAAAAUCUGGAACUGAAUUACAAAUGCUGAGCUUCAAAGUAUUUAUUUUGAAGGACCUCCUUUUUUUUAAAAGCAUCUUAUUGUUAUCUAAUAUGUUGUUUUUAAGCAUCAACUUAAGUAUGAGCCAAAUUUACAAUCAUAAUCUUAAAACUAUCUGAUGAAGUAAAUGGAGCUGCUGUCUAAAAUCAGAUGAAAUAACUUUAGUUUUAGUACACAAAUACACAAAGGAGGAGGAUCUGUUCUGUAAAAUAUUUAAUUAAUAAAAACAUUUUAAAUUAAUCUAUUUUUUUCUUUAAAUUUGAAGUUUUUAAAAAGUAAAAGACAAAUGAUUUGAUGCCAUCUGUAUGAGCCUUUAUUUGCUUGAUAUGCUGGUGCAGCUAACAAAAAAAAA